AUGGGUCUAUCAGGUCCUAAAAAGAAAACUAAGAUCUCCAAUGAUCCCAACAACACCAAAUGGGCACGUUCGACCUCGGGAUUCGGCCAUAAGAUCAUGAGCUCCCAGGGCUGGACCCCAGGGAAUCGACUCGGGGCACGGAAUGCAGCACACGCCGAUUUCUUGACCAACGCCAGUACUUCACAUAUCAAAGUGACCCUUAAGGACGACAAUCUUGGGCUGGGCGCAAGGUUGGGGCGGGAGACUGAACCCACCGGACUUGAUGCAUUCAAGGGACUACUUGGACGGCUGAACGGGAAAUCCGACACGGAGCUGAAGCAGGACCAGCGCAAGAGGGAUGAUGUCAAACUGGCCCGCUAUGCUGCCAUGAAGUUCCCCGAGGUCCGUUUCGUCUAUGGCGGUCCUUUGGCGCAGGAUAAGGAGGAAGACAAAAUCGCAAAAUUACCGAACUUGAAGUCCCAGGACGCGAAUGAGAAUGGGCAAGAGAUCGACCAGCAAGCCAACGAGGCUAGCGACCCUGACAGCGAUUCUUCUGCGGCCGACCGCAAGUCUUCGAAGUCCAAGUCCAAGUCUCAAGUCGAAAACCGAAAAGUCCAAAUCGAAGUCAAAGGAGAAAUCGAAGGACAAGAGGUCGACUCAUCAUCGGCUUCCAUCGCGGAGUCGAAAAAAGAAAAGAAGUCUAAGAAGCGCAAGGCCGAGGCAGUUGAAGAGUCGAACCCAUCCACUGAAGAUGAUGAACCGUCCAAAGCCUCGGAGACUCUAGCACAGGGCCCAGUAACUCAAUCCGCGGUUCCCCGGGAGCGCCGCCCCAUUGGCCGCCAAGUUUUCAGAGGCCGGCACAUAGCACAAAAGAAACGGGCAUUAUUAGACGACAAAUCCCUCAACGAGAUCUUCAUGGUGAAAGCUUAA